UCUAUUGUCAUUACUGAUAGAGCGGCAGACUUGAGGGUUGCACCUAGUCUGUGCAGGAUGGUGUGAACUUCAGUGAAGCUUGAACGAGCAUUUCUUUGACUUUUACAUUACAAACCUAAUUUAUCUUGUCUGACUUAGAACUGGAAUUUGUUUUACCUGUUGAUUUUUGUUUCAUGAUUUAAUAUUUAUUUUGCAUGUGAGUCUGUGUGAGAGCAAGUUUGACUCAGACAUGGCUGAGGUACCGCCACCACAGCCGGUCGAAAUAGACCCGGAAUUUGAGCCUCUCUCCCGCCCGCGGUCCUGUACCUGGCCGCUGCCCCGGCCGGAGAUCAACGACCCGGCCAGCUCCAACACAUCCUCCCCGCUACCAUCGGUGCAGCAGGAGCCGGGAGGAAACAGCGAGUUCAUCAGUAACCUCGGCUUGUUGGAGGAGGACUAUGAAGAAUAUGCAGAGCAGAAACCGCCUGUGCCCUGCAAUGAUUUUCAGUGUGUGGAGGGAAACUGUGUGCAACCACGCCGCCAUCUCCACCACCACCAUCAUCAUCCUCUUCAGCAGCAGCAGCAGCUCCCGGGUCCGCAGCUGCCGCCUCAGCAACAGGUGCCUCUUACUGGUGUCGCAACCCUGGGCAGCUCCGGCCAGAGGAAGAGCAGCUCGUCCCGUCGUAACGCCUGGGGGAACAUGUCGUACGCUGAUCUGAUCACCAAGGCGAUAGACAGCUCACCUGAGAAGAGACUGACACUGUCUCAGAUUUAUGACUGGAUGGUCAAGAAUGUGCCUUACUUCAAGGAUAAAGGAGACAGUAACAGCUCUGCGGGCUGGAAGAACUCCAUCAGACACAACCUGUCCCUGCACAGUCGCUUCGUGCGCAUACAAAACGAGGGAACAGGAAAAAGCUCCUGGUGGAUGCUAAACCCAGAGGGGGGAAAGAGCGGAAAGUCACCUCGACGCAGAGCUGCCUCCAUGGACAACAACAGUAAGUUUGCCAAGAGCAGAGGAAGGGCCACAAAGAAAAAGAUGGCUCUACAGGAAGAGGUCGAGGGAGGAGCAGGCAGCCCUGGCUCCCAGUACUCUAACUGGCUGGGAAGCCCAAACUCCCACAGUAACGAGGACUUUGAAGCUUGGAGCUCCUUUAGGACGCGCACCAGCUCUGACGCUAGCACCCUGAGUGGUUGCCAUUCACCUUUCCCUUCUGAACAGGAUGACCUGGGAGAGUCUGAUGGCCAUAUGAUAUACCCUGGAGUGGCGGGGACCAAGAUAACCUCCACCCUGCCCAGCCUGUCCGAGGUAGCUGGAUCGAUGGGCCAACAUGGCUCAGAGAACGUCAUGGAGAGUCUGCUGGAUAACCUGAACCUGCUGUCUCCUAAAACAACGCAGCUGGGUUCUGACUCCUCACAUUCAUCAAAUACUGCCAUGCUUCAGAGUAGUCCCUACAGCUCUGCUGGCUUGACCCCGCACCCACAGAAGGACUACCGUAAGUGCAUGUACAGCCAGGUGAGGAUGAACUCCCUGUCCCCUGCCCCCAUGCAGACACUUCCAGAGACCAAGCCAGGCUUCAGGGCAUAUGAGAACCAGUAUAUCUGCCCUGCUGGCCUCCUCAAAGAGCUGCUGACCUCAGAUGCAGAGGCCAGCAGAGAUACACAGGCAUCUCAGGUUGGGAGGGGAGGUUGCCUCAUGCCCACUUACAGCCACCGGAGCCACAGAGGGGGUCAUGAUGGAGUAAAAAUGAUAAAUCCUCCUCCAAGUCUCCCAGAUCCUCAUGUAAAUCUGCAUGCUAUACAUAGACAGGGUCCUUCAACCUCACACGAUUUCAAUAGCUGUAACAUGAUCCCCCUGACUAGUCUGACUAGUCUUUCAGGGGCCCCUCGAAUGACCAGCCUGAGGACAUGCAUGCAGCUGCCCCGUGGACACCCGGCACACAAUAAUGCUGUUUCUGCAAGCUAUGGCAGCAACAACGGCUACAGAGAACUCAGCUCGGUUCACCCACACAGCCAUCAUCAGGAGCGGCUGCCCAGUGACCUGGAUAACAUGUCCAUUGAGAGGUUUGAAUGUGACAUGGAGACUGUCCUCCAUGAAACCCUCAUGGAUGGCGGGGCCCUGGACUUUAACUUUGACCCCGCAGCUGGGCCUCAUGGAUUUCCCCAGAGGGUGAAGCCCACCACACAUAGCUGGGUGUCAGGCUAGGAUGCAUGGUGGAUCACAAAUACGUGAGACUGACAAGUAGUCUGGCAGAGCGUCACACCACUGAUCACCUUCUUUCAGAGGCUGCAAAAACAAGUAAAUCCACAGAAGCUACCAUCAUCACUCUCCACAGAGCAUCUGACAAAAAGUUAUUUUCAAAAAUGUGCAUGUCUUGAGUUGCAGCUCCAUGUAUAACAAUGCAUGUUAUUACUUUAUAUUUAAUAGAGUAAACAAAGUAAGUUUAUCAUUCAGAUCCAGAUACUGAAAUAAUACACAACAGCCCAAACUGUUUCAUUAAUAACUGUAUUGAACAUUUUAAGAACUCUGCAGAGAAAGUUAAUGAGAAACAAGCCAGCAUUAACAGACUAGCCUUUACCACAUGCAACCACAUGUUGCUCUGUAGGUGAUGGAAGAUGUUUUAAAAUCAGUUGUUUACAUGCUACCAACCAGUGAAAGGAGACAGUUUUGGAGUCAUUUGGGGCCAACACAGCAUCAUAUAUUCAGCGAGAUAACAGUAUGCAUAAAUAUUUCCACAGUCUGAAUUAACCCAUUAACCAGUGGUUUUUGGUCCAGUGCUUAAAAUGUCAAGUAUGAUUUGAAAAUGGCACCCAAAUCUUUAAAGGAGGACUUGAUAUGACAUUCUAGUAGACCAAACACCUGCUAAAUGUGAUGUUCUAUAUGGUCAGUGACAAGAAUUUCAGUUUUUAAGGGUUACAUUUGGGAAGAUCUUUCAGCAUCCAGCCCUUAAUGGCAAACAAUUACACAAGGGUUAACCUAGUGAGAUCAUUUGUUUUAAAUGCUAGAUAAACCAGUGCAUCAUCUGCAUAGUGAUGCAUGUAUCAUCUGCAUAGUGAUACAUGUAUCAGCUCGGUUCACCCACUGUAAUAUGUACAGUGUAUACACGUCUUUAAAAUGUAAAGGACCCAGAGAAAAUGUAUGAUAAGAACAGGAUAUUUUCAGGAAUAGACCUCUGGACAAAUAAAAAAUAUCUGAUUGGCAAACACACAUUGUCAAAUCGAAUAUCAGUCAUUUCUUCUCACUAUUAGAUGUCAUUGGAGACUGUGAGACAAGCUGCACCUCUGACUGAAAUGAAUUAAUUAUUCAUAUACUGUAUGAAGUUAUUUAUUUAUGUUUUUAUUUUAAGUGUAGCUUUUGGAUUAUGCUUUGUACUUUGUAUGCUUGUAAAAAAAAACAAUAUGCGUGCCUAUGCUGUGUACAGUGUAUAUACUUUAUUUGAGUUACAUUAUAUUGUUAUGCUGUUUUUUGUUAAAUCAAACUAAUAUUGAAUAAGGAAAUUAAAGAUACAUUAGAUAUGUCACCUUCUAAAAACAGUUCACUGAAAGUCCAUAUUGAUAUCAAUUAAUGUAGAGAAGUGCACUUUGUGAAUGCUCCUUGUUAUGUUAAUGGUAUUUUAUUAAUAAUUAAGAGUUGUUUAGUGCUGGUGUUUGGGAACACCUAUCGAGAAUAAUGCUUUUCAACAUCUUAUUUUGCCUUUUUGGACUCAAUGUUGCUGUCAGGGAAAAACCUCACAUCUCUAGAGUACAUGAACCUCUCUAUCACUCUUGAAGUUAUAAAAAACAUUUCAAAACCACAUUAGGAUAAACUGAAAAAAACUUGGUGGUCAAGUUUUGUGUGUGUGUGUGUGUGUGUGUGUGUGUGUGUGUGUGUGUUCCCUGAACUGACUGGAAAUGGAUUAUGGGCUUCAAAGUUUAGCUGACGCAGCAAAGGAUUCACUUGCUAUUUACCUCCCAGCAGCUACAGUUUUUUAUGCACCAAAGAGUUGCCUACUCUACCAAACACAUUUCAAAGAAAGUGUGCCAAUUCACUGUGCCUACAUUAUCUCACGGAUAUAUAAUGCUGUACAUAUUAUUUAGUAGUACAUUUUUGUAUAUGAAGGGUUUAAAUUAGGAUUAUACUGAAGUAUUAUACUGUCUGUAUAAUUGUGUUAGAAAUGAUUGUUUACAUAUUUCAGUCCAAAUCAUAUCAAUAAAUAUAUGAACACUCAUACCUCAAAAUAGUUUUACCUCUGAAGUGUUGAAGGGAUUUUUCCUGCCAUUUUCCUCAGUGAGUAAUGUAUUAAAUAUUUUUGACACGUAA